UAAAAGUUAUUGUCCUUAUUGUAAUCGUGCUAAGCAAACCUUGGAUCAACUUGGAACUGAAUAUAUAGCUUGGGAACUAGAUAAUAUGGAUGAUGGGCCGGCAAUCCAAAAUUACCUUUCUGAAAAGACUGGACAACGAACUGUUCCAAAUAUCUUUAUUGGAAAAAAAAGCAUUGGAGGUUCAACCUCAACCACACCAACAGCUUCUACGAAUACAACAGUAUCUAUUGGCAGUUCGGCUUCAACAAAGCAUUACGGAAUAAAUUCUGUUGCUGGUGAACUUAGUGCAAAACGGGUCGCAAAAGGGAAAGAAGUUGUUGGAAAAGAAAUUGCUGCUGUCAAGGACUACGCAUCUAAAGAGGAAUUAGUUAGCGCUGUUUCUCGCCAUUACGCAUCUCAAUCUCCUAAAGAGGACGUUUAA